AUGGACGACGAAACAGAUCUUCCUCCGCCCGGGAGCCCGAGCUCCAGCGAUGAGGAGACCGUGAAGGGGGAUAAGGAGGAGGACCAUACCAUUUCCGACAUGCUCGAGGAGGAGAUACAGUCGCCGUCGACCCCUGUAAGAUUCGAGAACGGGGCGAGCUUGAACCGCUAUCACAGAGUGCUGGACGAGCACUCGGACCUUGCUUCGCAGGAUGGCUCUAUGGACGGUUUGCCGAGGCGGGUCCGCAGUCCAGUUGACUCCUUGAUGUCCAUUCCCGAUGACUCCCCGUCGGUACAGGGCUCGGUGGUAUCCUCGCCAAGUAGUAGCGUCCUUCCGUCAGUGGCUUCUCGUCCGGGGUUGAACAGCCCGACGCCCUCUUUCAGACCAUUCGACAGGAGGUUCUCGGCCCGUAUAGCCUCACCUAGCAUCCUGUCACCACGCCCGUCGUCACCAGCCUUUCUCUCGGCACACAGCCGAAACGCCUCGUUAAGCAGCCAAUUCUUAUUCGACCAAGGCGAUACCGAAAGUCCGUCUCCACCAUGGGAGGUUGUACGGUGGACAAAGCUAAGAAAGUUGAACGGCCAGGCGUUCUCUGAAGCUGGCAAGAGGAACUUUGGGUCGCCGACAUGUAUAGCGGUGUCGGCAUCGAUUGUCCUGGGAACGUCAAAGGGCAUAAUCCUAAUGUUUGAUUACAACCAGAAUCUGAAAAUGAUUCUCGGACCGGGGACGAAAGCUGUGGAAUCGGGCUCGAUCACAUCAAUCGCGAUCUCUGCUGACCACAGUACCGUCGCCGGGGGCCAUGCCAACGGCAGCAUCUUCACCUGGGACACAAGCCGAGCGUCGAGACCAUUUCUCCACAUACCACACCUCGAUCCGUCUCAACUGACGAAUCGAAUUCAGGACGGGCACUUGCCUAAUGUUGCGAUUACUAGUCUGGGUUUCCUGGGCACUAGACAUACUGCCUUGGUCUCGGCUGACGACCGGGGGAUGGCCUUCUCACAUCUGGCCACCCGCGGGACUGGCUCGCUAGGAAGGACUGUCAAGACGACCCGGAUUCUUGGGCGCUACCCGGGAUCGCAGCCACCUUCAGCGAAAGCCAUCAAACCUAGCACCGUGCUGGCGUUUGCGUCCCUUCCACUGGGGAAUAUCGAACGUGCGUCAGACAGCAUGGGCCUGACAGCAAUGCUCACUCCUUAUCUCCUGGUCAUUGUGUCGACGACUCCUGUGGCCAAUACUCAACACAAGUCUCCUCGGCCGAAAGAAGUGGCGCCGCACAGCGCUAUGAGCGGGUGCCUGGCCUGGUUUCCCGCAGUCAAGUUGAAGACGCCCGACCCGAAGACUGGCAGCCAGAUUUCGAAAGUGAAGCUUGUCUACUGCUGGUCCAAUGUUCUGACGGUGCUCGAUGUCGACGAGAUACCAGCGGAGGACAAAGAUAAGCCCCCAAGCCUGACCUUCAAAGCUAGGAGUCGGUGGAGGUGCGAGGAAGCCAUAGUAGCGGUGCAGUGGCUCAGUCGCUCGGUCAUCGCGGUCCUGACCAUCUCGCAAAGGUUGAUUGUCAUAGAGGACCAGAGCAUGCGCAUGACCGAGGCUUUCGAUUUGAUCCACAAGUAUAUCUACCAUGCCGACCUGUUCUCCAAGCAGCUGCACGCCUUGGUCGAGCAACUAGACGAGGAGGACACCUCUAUGCACGGAGUCGUGGCUGAUGCUUUCUCCAUGAGCUUCAAGACGUACAAAGGCCGCAUAUUCCUCCUGGGCUUCAACGACGUUUCUAUUGGCUCGUUGUCAAAUUGGGCUGAUCGACUCAUAGCUCUGAUGGAAAAUGGAGACUAUAUGGGGGCCAUCCAGCUGGCGACGUUAUACUACACCGGCGAUGCCGACAAGCUUACAAUCGGGCUGCCAGAGGACUCCGAGCUUCGUCAUUCCAUGGUUCAGGAGAAGCUUAUGGAGAUUAUGAGUGCUUCCUUGAAGUACGCCUUCAAUCAGAGGCAGAAGAACCCAGCCAAAAUAGACGACAGUCACCUCCAGGAGCUAGCACAGGCCUGUUUCGUGGCCUGCCAGAGUGUUGGAGAUGUCGACUUUCUCUUUGAUGAAAUGUAUGAGUGGUUCGAGGAGGGAGGUGUGGAGGGGAUCUUCUUGGAGACCCUCGAGCCUUACAUUCUUGACAGGACUGUCACAGUCGUACCGCCAGCUGUUGUCAAAGCUCUCGUUACUCACUUCGUGACGAGAGGCUGGGAGAGCCGUCUGGAAGAUCUGAUCUGCCAGAUGGAGACGGCAACUUUGGACCUGGACGAGAUUACGACACUUUGCAAACAGCACGGGCUCUACGAUGCACUCAUCUACGUGUGGAAUCAGGCCAUGAACGACUUCAUCACGCCUCUGAUUGAUCUGUUGACGUUACUUGUCCCUCAUAUGCAGGACGGAGAGUACGUGGCGGGAGACGAGAUGGAACAAGACUUCUACGCCAUGAAUGCCUUCAAGAUAUUUCCUUAUCUGUCCUACAUCCUUACAGGACGUGUCUAUCCGACCGAGGAGCACAUGCCGGAGGAUGUGCAAAGCAAGGCCAAGGCCGAGAUCUAUUGGUUUCUCUUCUCAGGGAAGACAAUUGCAUGGCCCAAGGGGAGUGAGAACCCAUUCCGCACCAGGCCUGCAGAAGCCAGUGAACCUUCUUUUCCGUACCUACGGAUGAUACUCAAGUUUGAUGCCGCGAGUUUCUUGAGCUUGUUGAACGAGGCAUUCGAGGAUCCAUUUCUCAACGAGUCCCCCGAGAAGCAUUUGAACGGCGGGGCCGGCAGAGACCUGCCAGAAGAGCAAAUCUUCGGGCUGACCGUGGACAGGCAGUACAUCGUCUCCAUUCUCCUCGAGAUUAUGAAUCCCGCGGAUUUCGCCGUCAAUGCUACCAUCUACCUCGACAUGUUUAUCGCCCGCAAUCUCCCGACCUACUCGCAGUAUCUGAUUCUGCCAGGCUCAACAUUGACAAAGGUGCUGACCGGUCUUUGCAACUAUCCCGGCAGCGACCUUGCUGAAGAUGCUCAGCUGAGUGCGGAGUAUCUCCUCUCAGUGUAUCAGCCCCCGGAUAUUGCCGCCCUUAUUCCACUCUUCAAGCAGGCCGGUUUCUACCGUAUACUGAAGCGGAUAUACAAGCAUGAUGAACAGUACGGGAAGCUGCUUGAAACCUACUUUGAGGACCCAGACGAUCGCGAGUCGACUUACAAGGCUAUCGCCGACUGUCUCCAUCCCCAGACGGGUUUGUCCAAGAGACAAUUGCAUGAUGUUCAUCAGGUUAUCCGCGAACACUCGCGUGAGCUUGUCGAGUUCGACCCAAUCGAGUCUGCAAAGACACUGGGACGAUUCGCCCCCGAGUUGCAUCCGCAUGUCUUGCAAACGGUGUCCGAUGAACCCUCCUUGCAAUUCACCUACCUCAGGACUAUUCUCGAGCCAGAGGAUGCACAUGCCCCGGCUGUCAAAGGAGAUAGGGAUUUGAUUGAGCAGUAUGUUCGCUUGAUGUGCGAGUUUGACUCUGCACAUGUUUCCCAGUACGUGGGUCUCGUUCAGUCGACCGAUCUACGCCUUGACCAGCUGUUGCCGACAAUGGAGAAGACCGGCGUGGUUGACGGUGCUGUUAUCUUGAUGGCUCGUGAAGGCCAGAUCCAAGAAUCCAUGGGCCGCUUGAUCAAGCAUCUGCAUACGCUCGAAUCGGCAUUGCAGGGUCUCUUCGCCGGCAAGGAAUCGGACGAGACUGAUCUCCCCAGUGCUACCGAAGACCUGAUCAAGGCUCUGCAAAAGUACGUCCAUGUAGGACUGUGGCUGUGCCAGAAGCAGACAAAGAUGCACAAGGGCAUUGGGAUCCAGACCCGGCACGAGUCAUCGAGCAAUGAAGAACUGACACCCGAUGAGAAUCUCUGGCUGAGUUUGAUCGACACAACAGUUCAAAUCACACGCAAUAUCAUGCCAGCAAUCCAGUCGGCGCCCUCUAGGAGGCGUCGACCGUCAAACGCUUCGGGGGCCUCCGACGAUGUAGACUUUUCGCAGAAAGGGAUCGACACAGAUCAGCUCGUUGCCCUGUUGCGGACCAUCGUCCAGCACACUUUCACUGCACUGCUUACAGCUACUUCAUCCCACACAGCGCCUCAAGGGCCCGCAAACCGAACUGCAUCGAGCUCGGCCAGCAAUCUCUCGUUCCUCCGGAUACUGAGAGCCUUUCUGACCAGGGCGGCCGAGUCUUCUCCAAGUCUUGCCGAUCUGCGAUCUGUCAUUUCAUCCAUCUUCUCAGCCUAUGCCUAUGAAGAGUCCAUAUUGCAACUGUCUAACCGGCUGCUCGAGCGCAGCCUCUUUGUCAAUGUGAAGAAGGCAGUCGAGCUUCGGCAGCGGGGCUGGAGGGCAAAGGGAUCUACGUGCGAGGCCUGUGGGCGCCGAGUCUGGGGGCCGGGCAUACAGGGCAAUGUCUACGAGGCCUACGAGCGGAAGCAGACGCAAGAUCAGGAGCGGCGCGCGGCGAGGAGGGCCUUGACCAGAGGGCUCAGUGACGACAGAGGGAAGGGCAAGGCCGACGGCAGCGGAGAUGUUUCGGACGGCGAGGGCGGAGGAAAGGGCAAGGGGAAAGCGGCCCAUGGCAGUCAAGAUGGAAAUGCCGCGAGUGCAGGCGAGGCGGCAGGGGAGCACGAUGGGGAUGGGCAGGCGAAUGGUGGCACUGUAGAGCCCGCUGCGGCCAAGGACCAGGGUUUGGGCCCGCUGGUGAUAUUCGCGUGCAGGCAUAUCUAUCACAGGAACUGCCUCGAGGCCAUCCGAGCGCAGAACGAGAGCAAGCCGGGCGGCCGGAGCGGCCUAGGAACUUAUCAAUAUCACCUGGGCUCUGUUUGCGAGAUUGUAUCACUUCAAGGGUCGAACAACAAAACCGCGACAGCCAUUGGCCCUCCGGAACAUGAGCGCGCAAUGUCGAUGAGCUCCGAAGAGGACGACCGGCUCCUCUCAGAAAACCAGUCAGACGACCGCUCGCUGGACUCGAGCAGCGGGGACGACAUCAGCGACGGCGAGGAUGACGUGCCUCCGCCCCCCCUGACGCACAACUUUGCGCCGCCCUUCUACGGGCGGCCGCCGACGCCGCUGCCCCCUUCGCCGUCGCUCACGUCGCUGCUGCGGCCGUCGCGCCCGACGACCCCGGACGCGUCGGACGACGAGCUGGAGCCGGUGCCGCGCGCGUCGCCCAAGGUGCCGACCUACGAGUACUACGGCUUCGUGCUCUACCUCUUCUCCUCCUUCACCUUCCUCAUGUACCUGCUCUGGAGCUACCUGCCGAGCCCCUUCCUGCACGCGCUGGGCAUCUACUACUACCCGAACCGGUGGUGGUCGCUGGCGAUCCCGAGCUUCCUCGUCAUGCUCAUCGUCUACAUCUACGUCGCGCUGGCGAGCUACAACACCGAGAUCCUGACGCUGCCCCUGAGCGGCGUCGAGACCAUCGUCGACGACGCGGCGAAGGUGGCGGUCGUGGACUCGCGCGGCCGGCUGAGGCACUUCAACAAGGGCGGCGGUGGGGGGAACAACGCUGGGGCGAACGGCGGCGGGCAGCAGAGGAGGAAGAGGGACAAGCAGAGCCGGGAGGAGAGGAGGGCGGAGAGGGCGAGCAGGAGGGGAGAGCUGGACUGGAAGUCUUUAUGGAACGAGGGCACCGACGCGGUCAUGGAUGUGCCGCUGGCUGGUGUGUGCGAGGUGCUCUACGGCGGUAUACAGGACGAUGAAGAUGAGGUCUUGUGA